CUGUCAAAAAGCCAUCAGUACUGAGCCAUCAGUAGUGCUAAGGUAGCUGGACACGGACAGACACAGUGUGAACCUUGAACUCCCUUGAACUUUCCGUGUGAAUAUCCCUCAGGGCCUUGUGCAUGACAGGCAGGCUUUCUGCUACUGCACGAGCUCCACCCCAGCACAUAAAGAUGCUGGGUUUUUAUUUGCGGUGCUGAUCAAAGCCAGGGCCUCUUUUUAGGCAAGUGCUGCUCCACCCGCAGGCUCCAUCCCCAGCCUCGGCUAAGCACCUUCUGGAGUGAUGGAGCCAAACUGGAGAAUGCACUGCUGCUGUCAGACUUGUGCAGGAAACACAGGCACAGGCUUGGUGAGCAGAUCUUAGAUGGCACACCGGAAGCGCAAUGAUAAAAGCACUCAGAACUAGCCAGCCCUGGGUCCUGAAGACUUCCUUCUGGUUUUCUGACAAGUUGUAAUGUUUCUGUCCUAAGCUGGGGUGCAUUUUGCGUCAGUUUUCAUGAGACUUGAGGUCAAGGUUCAUUCUUUGGUCCAUGGGCGUCCACCUGUCCCAACCCCGUCUGCCUCCCCUGUUGAGCUGCAUCUGCCUUUGUCACAAACGAGCUGGGCACUCGGGCGGGUUGUCUGGGCUCCCCAUUCUGUCCACUCCUGCACUGGUGCCAGAGCCUAGUUCUUUCGCUCCAGCCGCCUUUUUCAGAGUUGCUUCCAUGCCUGCCACCCCAUGACCUGCGCGUAGUUGGGUCGUGGAGGACCUGCGCCUGAGCUAGGGGCUCGCGCCCCGUCACCGUCUGGCCAGGUGUCCAGGCCUCUUCCUGACACUUGCCGUGCCCUGGCUUUCUCCAUGCCCUCGCUGCAGUUGUGUGGACUCCUGGGCUCCAUCACGUGCCUGGGAGGACUGUCCCGAGUGGACUCUGCAGAGCCAGGUGGGGCCCAGGCUUCCUGUUUCCAAGAAAUUCCAGGCAGUGAUUAUGCUGCUGCUUCCUGGUCCAAGGACCACAUUUGGAGACCCAGCGGAGGGAGGCAGGUUUCCCAGGACUGAUGGUUACCAUGGCGAUGCUCACUUUUCCAUCCUUUCCUUUUGCCUGAAAUACCAUUUUUUGCAGUCCCUUGUUCGGGGACUUCUCACGGGCUGUGGGAGUCUGGGGUGACUUCUACAAAGAAUGUUGGGAGCAUUAAGGGGUGGCCUUUGUCAAAAGAGCAGAGACUUUGGAUAUACAGGUUUGUUUGUUUUUUUUUGGACAGAGUCUCCUUAUGCAGUUUAGGCUGGCCUUGAACUCACAAUGUAGUCCAGGGUGAACUCACACUGAUCCUGCUGCCUCAGCCUCCCAAGUGCUGGGAUCACAGGUGUGCACCACCAUGCCUGGCUAAGCAGACUUUGAAGAUGCACCAUCUUGCUCCUCCCUGCCCGGGUCCUUGUGCUUAGAGGACUGUUUCGGAGGCCACGCUCGGAGGACUGUCCCAGUCAGGUGUCAGAGAUGGCUGAAGAUGGCAGCGAAGAGAUCAUGUUCAUCUGGUGUGAGGACUGCAGCCAGUACCACGACUCUGAGUGUCCUGAGCUGGGGCCUGUGGUCAUGGUCAAGGACUCCUUCGUGCUGAGCAGGGCGAGAUCCUCCCUGCCAUCCAACCUGGAGAUCCGGCGCCUGGAGGAUGGGGCCGAGGGCGUGUUUGCCGUCACCCAGCUGGUCAAGCGCACACAGUUCGGCCCUUUCGAGUCCAGGAGAGUCGCCAAGUGGGAGAAGGAGUCCGCGUUUCCGCUGAAGGUUUUCCAGAAGGACGGGCACCCCGUGUGCUUCGACACCUCCAACGAGGACGACUGCAACUGGAUGAUGCUGGUGCGGCCAGCGGCCGAGCCCGAGCAGCAGAACCUCACGGCCUACCAGCACGGCAGCGACGUGUACUUCACCACCUCGCGCGACAUCCCGCCUGGCGCCGAGCUGCGUGUGUGGUACGCAGCCUUCUAUGCCAAGAAGAUGGACAAGCCCAUGCUGAAGCAGGCCUGCCCCAGCGGCCAGGCCACAGGCGCCCCAGAACCCAGCACCCCUACAGAGGCCGAGCGCGGCCCGUGGGCCUGCAAGGUGUGUGCCAGCUCCUUCCUGGAGCUACAGCUGCUCAAUGAGCACCUGCUGGCCCACUUGGAACAUGCCAAGGGCCUCCCUGCAGGCAGCCAGCAAGAGGCUGCAGCAGCGCCCGAGAAGGAGCCCAGCGCGCCCCACGGGGAGCCCCCUGCAGCUCCCGAGAGUGCCGGGGCCACCAAAGAGCAGAAGAAGAAGCCCCGACGCGGACGGAAGCCCAAAGCGUCCAAACCUGAGCAGCCUCUGGUCAUCGUGGAGGAUAAGGAGCCCACAGGGCAAGUGGCAGAGAUCAUCGCCGAGGUCCCGCCGGACCAGCCUGUGAGUGCGGCGCCCGAGGAGCGGAUCAUGGAGCUGGUGCUGGGGAAGCUGGCCACACCUGUGAGCGAUACCAGCCCGGUGCCCAAGUUCACACACCACACGAGCAGCGCGCUGGCCCUGAAGCGGGGCCUGGUCCUGGCCAGCAGGCACGGCAUCCGGCGGAAGCUGGCGCGCCAGCUGGGGGAGCACAAGCGUGUGCACCAGUGCGGCGUGUGCAGCAAGGUGUUCCAGAACAGCAGCAACCUCAGCCGCCACGUGCGCUCCCACGGUGACAAACUGUUCAAGUGUGAGGAGUGUGCGAAGCUGUUCAGCCGUAAGGAGAGCCUGAAGCAGCACGUGUCCUACAAGCACAGCAGGAACGAGGUGGACGGCGAGUACCGGCACCGCUGUGGCACCUGCGGGAAGACCUUCCGCAUGGAGAGCGCGCUGGAGUUCCACAACUGCAGGACAGAUGACAAGACGUUCCAAUGUGAGAUGUGUUUCAGAUUCUUCUCCACCAACAGCAACCUCUCCAAGCACAAGAAGAAGCACGGGGACAAGAAGUUCGCCUGUGGGGUCUGCAGCAAGAUGUUCUACCGCAAGGACGUCAUGCUUGACCACCAGCGGCGCCACCUGGAGGGAGUGCGGCGAGUGAAAAGAGAGGACCUGGAGUCCGGCAGCGAGAGCCUGGUGCGCUACAAGAAGGAGCCGUCGGGGUGCCCGGUGUGUGGCAAGGUGUUCUCCUGCCGGAGCAACAUGAACAAGCACCUGCUCACCCACGGGGACAAGAAGUACACCUGCGAGAUCUGUGGGCGCAAGUUCUUCCGUGUAGACGUGCUCAGGGACCACAUCCACGUGCACUUCAAGGACAUCGCGCUGAUGGACGACCACCAGCGGGAGGAGUUCAUCGGCAAGAUCGGCAUCUCGUCCGAGGAGAACGAGGAGAACUCAGACGAGAGCGCAGACUCGGAGCCCCACAAGUACAGCUGCAAGAGGUGUCAGCUCACCUUCGGCCGAGGGAAGGAGUACCUGAAGCACAUCAUGGAGGUGCACAAGGAGAAGGGCUAUGGCUGCAGCAUCUGCCACCGCCGCUUUGCACUCAAGGCCACCUACCACGCCCACAUGGUCAUCCACCGUGAGAACCUGCCGGACCCCAACGUGCAGAAGUACAUCCACCCCUGCGAGAUCUGUGGGCGCAUCUUCAACAGCAUCGGGAACCUGGAGCGCCACAAGCUCAUCCACACGGGUGUGAAGAGCCACGCGUGUGAGCAGUGCGGGAAGUCCUUCGCCCGCAAGGACAUGCUGAAGGAGCACAUGCGCGUGCACGACAACAUCCGAGAGUACCUGUGUGCAGAGUGUGGCAAAGGCAUGAAGACCAAGCAUGCGCUGCGCCAUCACAUGAAGCUGCACAAGGGCAUCAAGGAGUACGAGUGCAAGGAGUGCCACCGCAAGUUCGCGCAGAAGGUCAACAUGCUGAAGCACUACAAGCGGCACACGGGGAUUAAGGAUUUCAUGUGUGAGUUGUGUGGAAAGACUUUCAGCGAGAGGAACACGAUGGAGACGCACAAGCUCAUCCACACAGUGGGCAAGCAGUGGACAUGCUCCGUGUGCGACAAGAAGUAUGUGACGGAGUACAUGCUGCAGAAGCACGUGCAACUCACGCACGACAAGGUGGAGGCGCAGAGCUGCCAGCUAUGCGGGACCAAGGUGUCGACCCGCGCCUCCAUGAGCCGCCACAUGCGACGCAAGCACCCCGAGGUGCUGGCCGUGAGGAUCGAUGACCUGGACCACCUCCCCGAGACGACCACCAUCGACGCCUCGUCCAUUGGCAUCGUGCAGCCCGAGUUGAGCGUGGAGCAGGAGGAGCUGGCGGAAGGGAAGCACGUGAAAGCUGCCAAGCGCAGCCACAAGCGGAAGCAGAAGCCCGAGGAGGACGCUGGCGGGCCGGCACCCGAGGAAGCCGCCGCCUUCAGCGAAUACUCGGAGAAGGAGCCCGAGUUCCCGGGCAGCGCGGCUGACGAGACCAGCUCGGCCGUGCAGAGCAUCCAGCAGGUGGUGGUGACUCUGGGCGACCCCAGCGUGACCGCCCCGUCCAGCUCCGUCGGCCUGACCAACAUCACUGUGACGCCUAUCACCACUGCGGCCGGGACUCAGUUUACCAACCUGCAGCCAGUGGCUGUGGGGCACCUCACCACCCCUGAACGCCAGCUCCAGCUGGACAACUCCAUCCUGACCGUGACCUUCGACACCGUCAGCGGAUCCGCCAUGCUGCACAACCGGCCCAGCGAGGUCCAGAUCCACCCCCAGCCCGAGGCCUCGAGUCCGCAGUCUGUGGCACAUUUCAUCAACCUGACCACACUGGUCAACUCCAUCACGCCCCUGGGGAACCAGCUGGGCGAGCAGCACCCGCUCACGUGGCGGGCUGUGCCCCAGACGGACGUGCUGCCCCCGGCGCAGACCCCUGCACCCCCACAGCCGUCAGCACCACCCCAGGCCCCGGCGGAGCAGCCGCAGAUGUACAGCUACUGAGCCGCUGUGAUCCCUCAGGGCCCCAGGCUCUGGCUUGAUGGCUGGAUUCCAAAUCGCUGCAUCCUAGGGAGGUCGGCCAGCUUUGCAGAACCAUCUCCACACCCAGCCCGGCGCAGCAGGCCAGAGUUCGGAACCCCAUCCCAUCCCGGAUCUGUCUUAGCAGGUGGCACGGCCAACCUGGGGCCACAGCCCAGCCCAGCACAGAGCUCGGGGCCUGGACGUGGGGAGAGAAGCAGGAUCCCGAAUUGGGCGCCGCUCCGGGAGGAACACAGGGGUCUCGUUGUUUCCUUUAGAGCUCAGUUCUUGCUUAGAACCCAGCUGAGUCCUCCCGGUAGCACCGCAGUGGGCAGCUCACACUGCAGCCGAAUUUUAGCACGAGCAGAUCGAAACUAAAGGAACUUCCGCUCUGUCUGGAAUAUGAGCUGGGUCCGGUUUGUAGAACACCUGCGGCCAUAGGUGAGACGCAGUGUGAGAAUGCGACACACAUGGGCCAGGGUCCUGCAAGGCCACCAAGGCAGGCAGAAGAGGCGCCUUGGGGUGUUCGCCAACUGAUUCCAGUAGCUUCCCCUUCUCUUUUCACUGGAUUUCCAGCCCCUGUGUGGCCAGCGUGUUCUAAGUGUGUCUGACAUGACCGAGUCCUUUGCGCUGUGGCUCAGCGUAGCUGCUGGCCGAGCUGCGGAAGGACCGGGCCCUGGGCUCCACAGGGCCUCUCAGGUUCCCUGCCACCACAUGUAUUUACUGUGGCUGAGCUCAGCUGCAGCCCUGGACUGAAGCACAGGGAGGAAACCCGUGUUUUCUUCCCCUGUGAGCCUUAGUUCCAAAGGUCGAUGUGUUCGAAGAAAACCAGUUUCCUCUUGAGUAUGGACACGGUGGGCUCUUCCCAGGGAGAAGCCAGGGUCUUCCGAAUGCCGAAGCAGGACCGGGGAUGUAGCUCAGUGGUUCUGCCGCCUGCCUCGCAAGCACAAGGACCCGAGUUCGAUCCCCAGUACUAAAAAAAAAAAAAAACAGUGCAGAAGCAGGCGAAGGUCAGCUCAGCAGCGGAAACAUGGAAGGAGGACACGGCGGGACACGCCACCACACGUGUGUGCCAUGUGUCCCUGACACUGAGGCGGAAGGAAGUGCAGCUGGAUUAUUCUGGUCCCUCUGAUGCUAACCAGACUGAGAGGAUGCACUUGCUGUUAUGUCCUUGGUCACCUUCGUCCCCAAGCUUCCGUUACCAGUGCCAUCCUGAAGACAUGGCGAAUGAGCAGCAGAGCCGUGUGUGGUAAGGAACUUCUGUGAUCCAGCACUUGGGAGGCUGAUGCCAGAGAGUCGCCUUGAGUUCAAGGCCAGCUUGGGGCUGCAUAGUGAGAUCCUGUCUGAAAAUGCACCGGGAAGCGAGUGAGCCGGCUGCGGUACCACGAGGAGGGGUCGGAGCCACACAAAACGUGCCUGCUUCAGCGCUUCCAGCAGCAAGCUGUUGAGGACGGACCGGAACUGGUGGGCAACCCGUGCUGUUGGGCAGUGGGCCCGGCCCGCAGAGGCUGCACCAUGACAGCCUCUCCGAGUCCGCAUGUGCCUCUCCGCUCUGCGGGACUCAGUGGGCGACCUUUCCGCUUUUUAAUUUAUACUUAUUUUUAUGUUAUUUAUGUAUAUAAUUAGCUGCUUCCUGCAUUGUAGUUUCACAGCCUACUCAGGCUAGGGCUGAUGUAUUUUCCAAAAUAUCGUCUCUUCUCUCCAGACUAAGAAGUCCUGGCGGGGAUCUGGGGAUCCGAGAUGUUUCUUAGACUCCGACAGUUUCCCUUUGCUUCUGCAGAAACUGCAGGCAUCGACCUAGAGGAGAAGCCAGACAGGCCUGGGCUCUCGCUGAAACCUCACCCGCAUUCCCCGUUUACUCCCCUUCCCUCUGAGACACAGCCCUGCUAGGGCUCACUUUUAUUUUUUUACAGAAGUCGUUUUUGUGCCUAGAGCAAGGCCAUGUCCGAUGUUUUCGAAGAACCUAAUUGAGGUUGGGGUCCCCACGUGCUGCCUCCGUCUGCUUACACUCAGGAGAGUUGAGUUCUCCCGGGCCCCUGUGGACGCACAGGACUCCCUGGGGGAGGCAGGCAAGGUGGUCUUCUUAUAGCAGGUGCUACGAUGUGCAUAUGAGAAACUCAGUACCACUCAGCCCACCCAGCCUCGAAGUCUGCAUACAGCACUGUUCGCUGGUGGAUGGGGUGUUGCUCUCCUGACAGAAGAGGCACCUGGACAGAGGGGAGCCGGGCCACUCCUCCACCCACGCCAGUGUCCAGGGCUUGAUCCAGGCUGGAUGGAUGGAUUCCUGAAGGGGGAAUCGAUCUACUGCGUGGCCAGCAUGUGCCGCGACUCGGCCUCGGUUAUUAAUUGGUAAAUCUCGAGGUUCUCGGCCAGCCCGUGGACUGGUGUGACGCGCGGGUGUGCAGGUGGCAUGGGGCAGCUACGGGGCUCCGGCGGGCGAAGUGUUGUCUCAGGGAAAUGCUGUGUGCCAAGCACCUCCCUGUGACCCACGUGAAGCCGCCCUGGGCACUCCACGGGGAGGCAGGUCCUGUGCACCUUUCGCGGCUCCUCAGUCCCUGUCCAGAGGCUGCGGCGCCUGUGACCUCCUGUAGGGUCUCGAAGGGCAUUCAGGUGUGUUUCCUGUCACAUCGUCUGUGUAACGGUAAAUAAAAGGUGCUGUACCUUCA